AGCUAUGUUUCCAGCUGUUGGUGUGUCGAUCAAGUUCCUCUAGCAUUUCAAAGUCCGUGGCAUUGUUACAGCCAUGCAUUGUUACUAGGCUAGACAUUCGUUCAUUGGUGUACAAGUAUUUAAUGACUGCCGCUUGAUUGCCAGGUGACGACUCAGUCCCGUUCUGGGAAGCCACAGACAAGCAGGUUAAAUGUACCUUCUUAAGUUGGGGGAUGGUAUUAAUAGCCUUGGAGGCCUUUGAAGAUGGGCCCUUCCCUCCUGGUGGAAUUUUGAGCCCAUUUCUUGCUUCUUUGGUAACACUAGAAAGGCAAGCACCAUAGGAUUUAAAUUACUGUAUGAAAAGGCAAAGUCAUUGUUGAGCUCUGUUAGGUAAGGCUACUUCCUCCUGCUCAAAAAAGCAGGGUCUAAGCUUUACCUCUGUUCCUGGGUGGAGAGCUGACAUUCUAAGCCUCUCAAAACAUAACGCUAUUUUCUUUUAAGAGUUAACCAGCUAGACUGGUCAAUCACCUGGCCAGGAUCCCGCCACUCCCCCACCCCAAGUCACCCCAGGAAAUCUGAUUUACUUGAUGCCAUGUUAAGGAGAGGAAAGAAUAAUUAAUAAAAUCGAGCAGCAUCCAGGAAGAGGUAGCUGUAAACUGAUAAUGAGGUGAUGUCCUUCCAGAAGCUUCUUCGGGCAGAGAGUGCUUCCCUUGGGCAACACUGCAGAGGCCCUCUGCUUUCAGAAACGUACACCUUUCCCUUCCUUCUUUCUUUCCAAUCAGCCCAAAGUAGAAGUAGGCACUCUGGGAUUUCUCAUUCUUUCUCUUAAGUACCCCAACCCCAGUCCCAAUGCGGCUGCUUGCCAACCUCCAACCUCCAUUGCGUACUACAUGGCUUUAUUUCCUCCUCUUCACCACCUCGCUCCUCAUGGCAGCUGCCAGGGUUUGCAGGCUUGCCUAUUCUGUUGUUCUUUCCUGCAAACUCUAAUAAAAUCAUUUGCAAGUUUCCUUCUGACUCUGUUUUAAAAUUCUUUUAUCAACUAGAUUAAGAACCCAAAAAGAAAUUCUUAGUUUCCCGGUAGUACUUGAACUUCCAGUCUUCAGUGCUGAGCAUGGGCCUGAGGUGGCUAAUGUGGAAACUGAUCUGGUAUGGAUGAAUGUACUGAGGCAUUCAAAACAAGACUGCUUUGGCUCAGAGCAAGGCCACUGCUGCCUCCAAGGAAGACCGCUAUCAGAGUUAUUGAUAAUGAACUCUAGCUAUAAAAUGUGGAUGCCGGCUCGAGACAGGUGGUUGUGUUGAGCUAUUUCUGACUCAAGGCUGAAGACUGUCAUUGCUUCUAACAAUGCUUUACUUCUUCCAGAACACUGUAACAUUGAAACACUGGCUGACUGCCCAUGAAACUCCUACCACCAGAUCAAAGCCGCCCCUUCAGUGGCCUCUGGGUAGACUUGGCCUCUCUCGUGUCUUUCCCACUGUGGUGGUACUGAAGUCUGUCUGAUAAACUCAGCUUCUGCCUUUGUGUCUUUGGUGCGCUCAUUCCCAGCUUACGUUAUCUUCUCUGCCUGUCAGUACUAUUCCUGGCACAGAAGAGGAUUUAGAAAAGGAGGGAGGAGGUGACACUCAGUUUGCUCUUCACUGGGAAAGCACCAUCGAUCAGCACCCCGUCUUCAGCCCCCAGAGCUGGAGAGAGCUGUAGGCAGUGGACUGUAAAAACACUGGCAAAUAUUGACAGAAGUCAAGGUCGUGGAGGACCAUUUGGCCCAUGCCUGUUGGGGAAGGAUAAACCUGCAGUUUAAAGUGACUGGUCAACUGGUUUGCAUUUCUAGAAACUGGGAAAUUUCUUAAAAGUUUAAAUCUGGCAGCUCUCUAAUCAUCGUUUGUGGUGCAGAGCCACGGACUGCACUGUCUUCUUCCUGCCGUCCGUUCUUCCCUGUUACAGGAAGGGCUUUUCUUUUUCACGUCUGUUCCAGGAGGAAGAUAGAACUUCUCUAGAAGUUCUGAUCCUAAGAGGUUAGAAGGGCUUUUGAUCUAAAUCACGGUUUAAUUUCACUCUGGGUCAAGUAACUGCUCGCCAAAUGCUCUGUUGGGUUGUGUGCUGUCUGAUGUGGCUGAUUUCUGCCUUAGAUGAGAGCUGUUCGGAAGUUCCUCCAGUGGACAACAGUGUGUUCGUUGCAAAGGAAGAAGAAGGACAGAUUAUGGGGGUGUACCUUUGUAUCAAAGGCUACCACCUGGUGGGAGAGCAGUCUUUGGCCCUCAGUCUCUCAGAGGAAUGGGAGGGCUCCUCCCCUGAGUGCCGCUUGGGCCACUGUCCCGAGCCUGUACUGGAAAAUGGCAGGAUCAAUUAUUCUGGGCCUGUGAAUGCAAGUGACAAAAUCGUGUUUAAGUGCAAUGAUGGUUACAUUCUCAAGGGAAGCAAUUGGAGCCAGUGCCUAGAGGACCACACCUGGGCACCUUCCUUGCCCAUAUGCCGAAGUAGAGACUGUGACCCUCCUGAGAUUCCUAGCCAUGGCUACUUUGAAGGAGAAUCUUUCACUUCGGGGUCUGUUGUUACUUAUUACUGUGAAGACAGGUACCGUUUAGGGGGCACACGGAAGCUGCAAUGCAUUGAUGGGGAGUGGAGCAGUUCCUAUCCUACCUGUGAGCCCGUUCAGGAAGCCCCUAGACCUGCUGAACAGAUUGCACUUGAGAAAGCAAUUCUUGCCUUUCGGGAGAUUGAGGACCUUUGUGGUGCCACAGAGAGCUUUGUGAGAAGACUGAAGGAAAGUGGAGUAACCAUGGAAGAACUGAAGUAUUCCCUGGAGAUGAAGAAAACUAAGCUGAAGGCAGAUAUUUUACUGAAAUAUCAUAGCUAAGCAAGAUGGAAACAGAAAUACCCUGUGAAUAAACAGCUUCUGAAGGUG